AUGCCGCGUCGCGUGCGACCACGCACGGGCACGGCCGGCGGCGAGGACCGCCUCAGCACACUACCCGACGAUCUCAUCCGCCUCAUAGUACGCAGGCUGGACACCCGCACCGCGCUGUCCACCGCCGUCCUGGCCAGGCGUUGGGCGCACAUCCCCCGCGAUCUGCCGGAGCUCGACUUCAGGGUCAGCGAUGUGCUCCCGCCCGAGUACGACCGGGCCGUCGCCCUCCGCCGGCGCAACAUGCCGCAUGACACUUUUCUGGCCGAGAUGCUGGACCGUCUCAUGGCACGCUGCGAAAUCGACACGAUCACGGCGUUCAUCGACGGCAUCACCGGAUUCUUGGAAGCGGGCGGUGGCCCUGCUGACGGCGACGCACGUCGACGCGCCAAGACCCUGCGCCUGGACUUCUUCCAGGCACACGAUGGCGGCUGCGUCGUCGACCGCCUGAUUGCCGCAGCGGUAGUCGCAUGGGGAGUGGAGGAUCUGGAGGUCGUUGCCAGGCAAGCUUCCUGCCUACUGCACACUCCCGCCGCAGCAUAG